ACUAGAUUUCAAAAUAAAAUAAAAAAUAAGUAGAACAUGAAUAAAAACCCUCCAUUGAAUUGCUGGAUUACACGACAAGAAAAACCCCUAAAAAAUAGUAGUAGUAAGUAGGAUGAUGAUUGCCUUAUGACUAGGGCGAAGAAGUAAGAGGCACCGAGUAGGAAAGCUAGUCUAUGGAAUUUGCAUCAGAUAUCCUUAUUUGGAUUAAUCACAUGGAUAACUGAAUCAUACUGUAUUAGACUCCUACUACUACUGCUCCAACUCAAAAACUAUUAUUGAAAUCUGGCCUUGAUCAAACACACCUUAUAAAUUUAGGGUUCGACAUAUAAUAGAAAAUAUCAAGAGAUCAAGCAAGUUAGAAGAACUGCAAUGGAUGUGAAUGGGUUAGAAGCAAACCCCACGUACGGAGAGAUUGAAGAGAUUCAAGACGAAAUCGACAAGCGAUUCAAGAAUUUCAAGAAAUUCGACAUCAUUAGUGACCUUCCAUUCUAUUGCCUAUUCGACAAGAAGAAGCCCAUAAACAAGCAUUCACCCCUUGGAAUCAGUAGCCAACUAACCGAAAAGCUUCAAGAAGAAAGUGUAAUUCUGGAAGCCAAUCUACCCAAUUCGAUCCUCGUCAGAGCUUACGAAAACAGAACUGAUCUAAUGAGAGCAGUCAUAAUGGGCCCUCCCAAAACCCCUUAUUACCACGUCCUCUUCUUCUUUGACAUCCUCUUCCCAAGCAAUUACCCAACUUGCCCACCGAAACUCUUUUGCCAAUCUCAGGGACUUGAUUUGAACCACCCCAGUUUGCAACCGGAUGGAAAGCUCUUUUUAAGGCUUCUAGAGACUGGAGAGUGUUGGGAUCCUAACCAAUCCAACCUUCUCCAAGUACUUGUUGCGAUUCAACGACUGGCUUUGAAUUUCAAACCUUAUUUCACGGAAUUGGAGAAACGGGAAUAUAACAGGAACGCUAUCAUAUUUACCUCUGAGGCAAUUGUUCGAACCCUUGAGAGGCCACCAAGGGACUUUGAAGACUUUGUGGCAGGGCACUUUAGGCAGAGGGCUCAUGCAAUUCUCAUGAACUAUAAAGAGCACAUGGAUGAGAGCAAGGGAGUGACGCAGCUGUUCAUCAAGCUCUUGAGGGCGUUGGAGGGGACGGGAGCCUACUGUAAGCAUCACCUCAGUCAGGAAAUUUUAGAAAAGGUGAGUAUGGAUGAAAGAAGCACAAAUUAUGGGAUUUUCUCGAGGGUUUUUACUAAAGCGAAGAACCUGGCAGAUUCGCUAGCCUGAAGUUGCAGCUGUUUAAUGACUCACCAAAUAGAUUGUUCCCGUUAUAGAAUUAGUUACCUGGCUAUCUAUCUCCUUCUAUAUGUUUUUGAGUUCGGAUAUUGUCUAGCCAGGUUACUGACUUGCUAGCAUAUCUUACUAGAACUUCUUUCCCAGUAUUGUUAUUCUACUAAACUUAGAAGAUGAGUUCUGUCAACCAUAUAGUCUUUACAAUGCCAAUGGAAGGCAAAUAAUUCCAGAGGUAGCCUCUAUAUUCUCAUGUGUGUGUGUUUUUUUUGUGCGUAUCGAUAAUAGUUUUCUUUCACUCUUGUGGUUUGCAAAUUUUGCACUAUACUCCCAACAGAAAUUCAACGGACGAACUAUGUCCACAUCUACAAUACAUGGAAUAAUAAGAACAUACUAAAUGUGAAUGAGAUUUAACCAAAUAUACAUGCCAGGGCUUCAAAUCAACCAACCUUCCACAAGAUUUUUUCCGGAAAACAGGAUAAAGUAGAAGGUAAAAUCGUGUAAACAGACAACUAGAACUGCUGCAACUAUGAUCUUUAUCAGUAUGUUUAACACCACUAAUAAGCCAAUGGCAAUAUUGCCACGCUUUCUUAAAUUGAGGUGCGAGAACAACAUGUUCAUCGUUCAGUCGUCAAUCAAUGAACUUGAACCUCUGCAAAGGCAACCUCAGCUUCAAACAAAGGCAUUCAAAAUCUGAACCUAGUUUUCCACACGUUACGUAUCCUUACGGAAUAAUUACUACAAAAAUUAUGACCUUGAUUUUUACUUUCAGUUGCUUCCAUAGAUCAAGAUACUCCCUCUUUAUACUCAACUCGUAACUUCCUUUCACAAAUUCUAGUCCUACUCAAUAUUGAUGAGAUAUUCUAAGUAUGUAAUUCUGAGAUUUCGAAGUUAUUGACCUCUUCAUAGGACUCCAAUUGAAUUUAGAGGCUCAAAGUCGAAAUAAUAAACUU